GUGUACAAUGCUCGUAGCUACCUCCUACCUACUUAUCAUUGUCGAGCCUGUUACGAGUGUUUUGUGAAUAAGUGGUUCGGUGCUCUUUGAAGGGAACAAAACGACAAAACGGAUUGGAGCCCUGAUUUAGAUCUAACGAUACACUUAAACAUUUGUUUUUCGCUUUUGCAGUAGUUGGGGGAGGAUAAGAUUUUUGUUGUGCCCGAAAUUGUGCGUACUGUGAAGUGGCAAUUGUUGAAGAACAUGUUUGUAUUUAGGGAGUUGGAAAUGGAAAUGGAACUCGAGAAAUAAAGUUCAAUUUGCUGUGAAACCUUUUCCCUCGGAUUCCUAACGAAGAAUUUUCCGCAUAUUGAUCCUAGCUGCCCGAACCCAAGACAACACAGACACCGAAUCUGGUAUAACCGGUUUGUUUAUCGGCGCAUUUUCAUGACCCCUCUGUCGGAAAUUGACCCUCGGAAGGCGGCAAAAAAUUAGCAAAAACAAAUUUGCAGCCUCCUUGUUCCGUGGUCCAUGGAAAUAAUCGAUACGCUCAACUGCACGUCCAGUAUCAAUGCCAUUGGUAAUUGGACCUGCUUCGUGAUCAACUAUGGCCAACAGCAGCAGCAGCAACAAUCCGUACCGACGAUGGGGUCCAGUGGAGAAAGUUUCCUGGGAGCCCGGGGAAUUAAUCUCAGUUACGAUGAUUCGCCGGAAAUGCCGCUGGACGACAGCCUGGACUACGAGGUGUUGGGAUUCGAUCCGGCCUAUCAGCUGCGGUACGGGUUGAUGGGAACUAUUUUUUUGAGCAUCGCGUACAGUCUGAUCUUCAUCGUCGGUCUCCUAGGGAACAUCUCGGUCGUGAUAGUCGUCAAAAAGAGCACCAUGAUGCGUUCCCCGACCAAUCGGUUCAUCGUCAACCUGGCGUACGCUGAUUUAUUGGUCAAUUUCCUCUGUCUGCCGUUCACGCUGAUUGGAAAUCUGUAUCCGGCAUGGAUCUUGGGAGUGUUCUUCUGCAAAACGGUUUCCUACUUGCAGGGGGUUUCGGUUUCGGCUUCGGUCAAUACCCUGAUGGCCAUCUCGAUAGAACGGUGCGUGGCCAUUUCGUUCCCCAUAUCCGGCACCAUCACCACCAGACAGUACAGGGUGAUUGUUUCCGUCAUCUGGACCAUCGCCCUGGGGAUCAAUCUACCAUGGUUGUUCGUGUUCACCCUGAAACCGAUAGGAAUUCCCGGAAGUUUGGCACAGAUUUGCACCGAAUUGUGGCCAUCGCCGGCAUCCGAGAGUUGGUACUUCCUGUUUGCCAACUUGUUCCUGUGCUAUCUGGGUCCACUGCUGGUGAUAUCCGUAUGCUAUCUCAUCAUAUGGAAAAAUGUGGCCUACCGGAACCUGCCACGGGAUCUCAUCAUUAGUCGGAAAAAUGAAGUUUUCAACCGCAGCAAGGUGAAGGUGAUCAAAAUGGUGCUGGUAGUUAUCAUAACGUUCGCCCUUUCGUGGUUGCCUCUGUAUGCCAUCUUCUGUUUCGUCAAAUUUGCCGGGGAACUUAUCUACGACGAAUCGGUACAAUCGUUCAUCUUGACUAUCCUGCCGGUAGCACAGUGGCUCGGUGCGGCCAAUUCUUGCAUCAACCCAAUACUGUAUGCCUUCAUGAAUCGUAAAUUCAGGGCCGGCUUUCGGCAUCUGUUCCGGAGCUGUUGCGCCACCGAGGACGACGAUUGGGAUCUGCCAACGACGGUUGCCCGGACCGAGGAUACACGCCUCCAGGGAUUGCGGAGGACCCGUUCGGAAAAGCAAACGGUCAUACGGAACGGUUCCAAUUCGACGUCCAAUGGCCAUGCCGCAGAUUCAACUUCGAAAUUGCAACCGUACGGGGCCAACCCACUACGCUAUUGCCAUUCGACCCGAAUCGUGCAGACAAGACGGAUCAAUUAGAAGGACCGCAUUUUGAAAACGAGGGAAUUGGCCGAAACCGCAAACAAUCCUCCCUUUGUUCCCCUUCCAUUAAUGUUUGUCCAUGUUCACGAAAAGUACAAACAAUAAAACAUAAAGUAUAUUUAAAAAUCCAAAAUUAAUACAAUAUCAUCACGCUAAUAGUACUAAAUGUACGCGCAAAAACGUUUCUCAACGUUCAUUUCUCAAAUCAUACCUACAUGUCCAGCGUGUUGAGUCGAACAUAUUUUUUAAAAUCGUUUUUUUUUGUGAUAUUUAUCGUAAGAGAAAUUAUUUACUGAUGUUAUCAAUACAAAACA